CCAAUAUUUCAGCAAUAGAUUUUGAGCCGACAGUGAGGGGGUAUCAGCUAUAAAAACGUCCGGCGAGAUUUUUUAUAUCAUCAUUACUUUCGCAGUGAUAUAAAUAUCAUCAUGAGACAAUUGAUCGUGUUGUUUGCCAUCAUUGGAUACAGCAACUGUGGUCGUUUGGAUAACAACUACGCCCCAUCAAACUUAAAUCAAUAUUCUAGUAAUGCAGAUGUUAACGGACCACCUGGACCAAUCGACAAGGCAGCUAACGACGUUCCUAUCCUAAGAUUGGACAACGAUAACGACGGGGAAGCUUACAACUUCGCGUUAGAAACAGGAAACGGUAUCACUGCUCAUGAACAAGGAGAUACGAAGCAAGGUGGAACCAACGCUCAAGGUGGUUACUCGUACACUGCCCCAGAUGGUCAACAAGUCGCCGUUCAAUACGUAGCUGGUGAAAACGGUUUCGUCGCUCAAGGCUCCCACAUCCCCACAGCUCCACCGGUACCAGCCGAAAUCCAAAAAGCACUCGAACAAAACUUGGCUGACGAAGCUAGAGGUAUUGUAGACGAUGGACAAUAUAGAGAAGAAGGAGAAUCUGGUAGAUACAAUCACGGCGCCAACCAUCAGGGAUUCGCCGCUUACAGAGAACAAGCUAAUGUAGCUAAAAACCAAUAUGUACAAUCUAACUACUGAUUAUUGUAGUAUUAAAUUGUUAUAGACUGUUGUUUAUAUAAAUAAAAUAUAUUUUUUACAU